CAGCGUUGGCAGCUUGAGGAGGGUGGUGGGCGCCUGGCUGGGCCCCCUCGCAAGCACCUGCGCAUAAGGCCAUCGCUUUCCAACUUCAGCUACAGUGAUAGCUAAGUUUGGAAAGACCAAAACAGAGGCAAGCCGUUGCGCCCCCCCCCCCCCUUACUCCUCUCCGCUUCUCUUCUCCACUCCUGGCUGUUGUUGUUAUUGUUGUCGUCUUUGCGCGCGUGUGUUCCCCCCACCCACCCCCACUUCUUCUCUCUCCCUCUGACUGGAGGGGCUUGAUAGCAACAGGCGCUGAGUGCAGAAUCCCCCAAGACUGAACUGAAGGCGCAAGCUGAGAAUCAUGACUCGCUCAGCGGCAGAACAGCAAAACAACCAAGGAUGCUGCGGAUCCUGUGUCCCAUCUUCAAAAAUUCUCCUGUACCUUGGACAUGCGCUGUCCACUUGGGGAGAUCGUAUGUGGCAUUUUGCAGUGUCGCUCUUCCUGGUUGAACUGUAUGGAAACAGUUUACUCUUGACUGCUGUUUAUGGGUUGGUUGUGGCAGGGUCAGUUCUUCUUCUGGGAGCCAUUAUUGGAGACUGGGUAGACAAGAACCCAAGGCUCAAAGUGGCUCAAACAUCCUUAAUUGUGCAGAAUGCAUCUGUCAUUGUGUGUGGCAUUCUCCUGAUGAUUGUCUUCAUGUAUAAAGCUCAGCUUGUGACCUUAUAUCAAGGAUGGCUUCUUACUUUGUGCUAUAUUUUAGUCAUCACGAUAGCAAACAUUGCAAAUUUGGCCAGCACUGCCACAGGAAUUACCAUACAGAGGGACUGGGUUGUUGUCGUUGCGGGUGAAAACAGAAACAAAUUGGCAGAUAUGAAUGCUACAAUACGAAGAAUUGAUCAACUGACCAAUAUCUUGGCCCCAAUGGCUGUGGGACAAAUAAUGACCUUUGGAUCACCAGUAAUUGGCUGUGGAUUCAUUUCUGGCUGGAACUUGAUUUCCAUGGGUGUAGAAUAUAUGCUUCUCUGGAAAGUUUACCAGAAAACUCCAGCCUUGGCUUACAAGGCCAGUUCAAAGGUUGAGGAGUCAGAACUGAAACAACUGAACAUACAGAAAGAUGGUGAAUUGAAGCCCACUGAAGGAGUCCAAUUAAUUGGUGAGAAAGAUGUGAAAGUCUCUGAGCCCAAACUGGAGGAAGAUGUCAGCUGUGUUUCCCGGAUGGCUGAGCCUUUCAGUACAUUCCGCGAUGGAUGGGUUUCCUACUACAACCAACCAGUGUUCCUUGCAGGCAUGGCCCUUGCAUUCCUUUACAUGACCGUUCUGGGCUUUGAUUGCAUUACUACUGGCUAUGCAUACACUCAGGGACUGAGUGGUUCCACACUGAGCCUCUUAAUGGGGGCUUCUGCCAUAACUGGAAUCAUGGGUACAAUAGCCUUCACCUGGCUGCGGCGCAAGUGUGGCCUAAUUCGCACAGGCAUCAUCUCUGGAAUAGCACAGCUAGCCUCCCUGGUUUUGUGCGUGUUCUCAGUGUUCAUGCCUGGAAGUCCUUUGGAUCUGACUGUUUCUCCAUUUGCUGACAUAAGUGCUAGGUUGUUUGAAAGUAAUCCGUUGCCUACUAUGGCACCCGAAGGCAAUCUCCUUGAAAUGCCCUUUACAACUGGAAUGCCUCUCUUGGUCAAUGGGUCUUCUUCUGAUCCAGGGUUGGCCCCCGACUCUGUGCCUCUCAUCUCCGUUAGCCUUCUGUUUGCGGGCGUCAUUGCUGCAAGAGUUGGCUUGUGGUCUUUUGACCUGACAGUCACACAGUUAAUCCAGGAAAAUGUGAUAGAGUCGGAAAGAGGUAUCAUAAAUGGUGUCCAAAACUCUAUGAACUACCUUCUAGAUCUGCUGCAUUUUAUCAUGGUCAUCCUAGCUCCUAAUCCUGAAGCUUUUGGAUUGCUGGUGCUCAUUUCUGUUUCUUUCGUUGCAAUGGGUCACGUCAUGUACUUUCGGUAUGCCCAUAAAACCAUGGGGAGGAAGGCCUUUCUUUGUUGUACACCUGAGCUAAAGUCAGUUGCUAACGACUCAGUACCUUGUGAUGCAUCAAAUGCCUAGAGAGUUUCAGCUAUGGCUUCCAAUACCUAUUUUUUUGCAGUCCGUGUAGAAUGGCAUGCUUAUUCAGGGUCAGGAGCAGCUGGUGCCCCUUAAGAGGUAGGGCUCAAAGGUCUGCCCACUCACACAAGCCCCCAGCUUGCCUUGCCUUUCUGCUCCUUCUGCCCUUGGACAGGUGACCAGGUGUGGGUUUUCUCCAGUUAGAAGUGACAUAGCUUAUUUAUUUAAGGGGAGAUCUCUUGAAGCGUUAAACAUUAACUACAAAUGACAGCUGAGCUCUGAUUUUUUUUCAUUAUUAUUUUUUUGAAACAUAGAAUUUCAUGCUGAUUGGGAAGGGGGAUUAAAAUAAUUUAACAAGGUAUUGCAUUAUGUGCAAUAUAACUAGUGGUUUGGCGUAUUUUCCUAUGCAACUUAAGGUGUAUUAUGUUUUAAAAGAAAUGGAUUGCUUGGAAACAUGACCACAAUGUUACACAAAUGAACAAAGAAGGCUAUGCACUUUGUCAAUCGAUAGAACUCUGCUAUGUGCCUGGGUUGGGGGGAAACCCCCCCCCCCUUUCUGUGAUGUCUGUCCUGGUUUAACUUUAGAGAAAUACCUUAGUCGCUUUAGUAUACUCUUUGAUAAGAAAUAGUGCAAAAUAUUGUAGAAUAUAUAUGUAGCACUUCCUAGGAACUGAUAAUAAAUUGGUAUAAACACAAACUAUAAAUAUAGUAUUGUAAAGCAUAGGCCUUUAAACAUGUUAAGACCAUAUUUACUACUAAGCUUUGGAUUCAUAGUAUUAAGGGCCAGAGAUGUGAAAUGGGGGGAACUAAGCUGUGUGUGUGUCUGUCUAUCUGUCCAUCCGACUCUGAGUGAGUGUGUGUGUGUGUGUGUGUGUGUGUGUGUGUGUGUGUGUGUGUGAGAGAGAGAGAGAGAGAGAGAGAGAGAGAGAGAGAGAGACAAUAGCCUUUUUUUUCAAACUGGUUUAAAAUAUGAACAAAUAUUUAAGCUGAAAAUCUUAACCACUGACUUUAGGGUACCCCACUGAUGUCAGGAAGACUCCUCUCAAAUAAAAUAUUUAGGAAUUGUAGCUAAGGAAUAAUCUACCAUUAGAUUAUGGGUGUUUUAUUGUGGUUUUAAUUUUUGUGAACCACCCAGAGAGCUUCGGCUAUUG